GAGCGGCGUUUCCAGCUGUUUAUUUAGUUUUAAAAUUCAACUCAACUUUUAUAAAUUAAUGAAAAAUGUCUACUUUUAAACCGAAAUUCUUGAAACCAGAUACAGACGAUGCAAUUUCAGAUAGUGUAGGCGGCGAUACGCAGUCCUCGGGCUUUGUGUUCAAUGCCAAUCACAAUCUGGGACUUGUGGAGCAGAGAGAACGCUUGCCCAUACGUCAGUACCGGGAUCAAAUUCUGUACUGUUUGGAAAAACACCAGGUGGUAAUUCUUGUGGGCGAAACAGGCAGUGGCAAGAGCACCCAGGUUCCUCAGUAUUUGUACGAAUGGGGCUGGCACACCAAAGGACUUAUAGGAAUCACCGAACCCCGACGUGUUUCCACUGUCACCCUGGCAAAUCGAGUGGCUCAAGAACGCGGCGAACUCGUGGGCGAUACAGUGGGCUAUGUGGUGCGCUUCCUUGAAAGGAUCACGUCGGAGACAAAGAUCAAGUUCAUGACCGAGGGCAUCUUACUGCGAGAACUCCUCGCCGAUCCCCUGCUCACUCAAUACGGUGUGAUCAUAGUGGAUGAAGCCCACGAGCGGAAUAUGCUCACCGACAUGGUGCUGGGUCUGCUCAAGAAGAUCCUGCGCAAACGCAGCGGCCUCAAGCUCAUCAUCUCGUCGGCCACCAUAGAUGCGGGUUUCUUUAGCGAGUUCUUCAGCUGGCCCGGAUCGGGAGAGGUCAGUGUGAAACUCAGCAUCGAAGGACGCAUGCAUGCUGUGAGUAAUUUCUACCUUAACGAACCAUGUGCCGACUAUGUCAAGGAAACUGUGGAGACCGUCUGGAAGCUCCACCAAAAGGAACCACCAGGCGAUAUACUGGCCUUCCUAACAGGCCAAGAGGAAGUCCUGGAGGCACUGGAUCUCCUGCGAGAGUACAUAGCCAGUUCGGAGAAGGAGAACCUCAAGGUGCUGCCCAUGUAUGGCAGCAUGUCGAGUACCGAUCAAUUGGCUGUGUUUUUUACCCCACCCAAGGGUGUGCGCAAGGUGGUGCUGGCCACGAAUAUCGCAGAGACGUCCAUCACCAUUCCGGGCAUAGUUUAUGUCAUCGACUGUGGCUACGUCAAGGUUAAGUGGUACAAUCCCAAUACCUGUAGCGACAGUUUGGUCGUAGUGCCAGUCAGCAAGGCUUCGGCCAUUCAAAGAGCAGGACGAGCGGGGCGAAUGCGUCCAGGAAAGGUGUACCGUUUGUACACCAAAUCGGACUUUGAUGCACUAGCUCCACGUCAGCCACCGGAGAUGCGACGCAGUGAAAUGAGCGGCGCUGUACUCCAACUAAAGGCCCUGGGCAUCGGGAAUAUUCUACGCUUCGAUUUUCCUUCGCCACCGCCGGCACAGAAUCUGCUAUCUGCCUUGGAGGGACUCUUUGCCCUGGACGCCAUCGAUGAGCAGGGCAACCUGACCAAGCCGGUGGGCUAUUUGCUGGCCGAGCUGCCCUUCAGCGCCAUGCUCUCCAAGAUGCUCUACAUUUCCGGCCAGAUGGGCUGCUCCGAGGAGAUAAUAACCAUCAUUGCAAUGCUGCAAGUACAGUCUAUAUUCUCGCGACCAGUUUCUGCCGUUGCCCAGCAAAGUGGACGCAUAGCUCAUCGGCACUUCGAAGUGGCCGAAGGCGAUUUCAUUACCCUGUUGAACGUGUACACCGGUUUCGUGGAGGAGGGCAUGACCAAGGAGUUCUGCGGCCAGUACUACCUCAUCUAUAGAAAUCUUAAAAGGGCGCAUGAGCUGAGGGAGCAACUCAUCACUUUGGCUAGAAAGAAGUACGGCAUUCCCAUCUUUUCGUGCAAAGGCGAUGUGGAGAAGCUCUGUAAAUGCAUCACUGCUGGCUUCUUCACCCAGGUGGCUUAUCUCCAUCACUCUGGAGUUUAUCGUCAAAUCAGCAGUGGCACCGAACUGGCCAUACAUCCAAACUCCACGCUCUACACACUUCCCCAAGCGCAGUAUGUGGUUUACGGGGAACUGCUCCAGACGACGAAGUUAUUCAUGAACCACAUUACUGUGAUCAAGAGGGAGUGGCUAACGGAGCUGGCUCCGCAUUACUACCAGCAGACCACAGUGCGGGAUUAGCAGGAAACGAAGCCUCCGGGAUAGAAAUAAACGCCUCUUGAUAACAACUUAAGCUUAAAGGAUAUGAUUCUGGGAUUAGUCCCAUUAGGAGGCUAGCCAGCGGCCACACGUCCUCGACCCUGGAACAUCAUCAUGGAC